CUCAUAGGUAAAAGGCGGAAAACUCAACUCAGUAGUCACAGUUGGUCGGGCUAUGGGGGAGUUUUGUUCUAAACCGGAGAAUGUGAAUUCUCAGUCAUUUCCUGGUGUUUCUACUGUUGGUACUCAGCAUACUAGAUCAAGGGAAAGUAAUGUUCCGAACGCUUCUACAGCAACAGUCGGCUUUCUGUCCAACAUGUGUGACACAAUUUCGCGCUUACAAUCCGAAAGUCAUUUACCUCCUAACGCCUUACCACCGGGUUCGCGGGUUGCUCCCAGUCCCGAACAGGGUUAUGUCAAUAGUAUAAGUAGAAGUGGGAGGUCUGAAGGUUUUUCAAAUGCAGGUUCUGCACUCACAACUGGGUUUCCUGCAGGGGUGUUAACCCCAGAAGAUAUGCUUGCUGCAGCACAGAUUUGUAGCCAUCUAAGUCAGUCACAACUCAACGCUCUGGCAGCCGCUUACCAUCAGCAGCAGCAACAAAUUCAACGCUCCGUCGGUCCAACUGCUUCGGGAAAUGCAACGCUUGGUCACGUCCCUGGAAUCACAUUCGCACAGGCUCUAGCAGCAGUCACGUCUAUAUCAAAAUCAUCAUCUCCUACAGUUCCUCUCAGUGUCCACAGCUCUCGGCAGUCGCCUCGACUGCCGGUCCACUCAGUCCAAACACCGUAUCAAGGCAACCAAAAGCGACCCCCUAGUAUUCAGUCUCAAUUUCACUCAGGACAUUCGAUCCAAAUGGGUUCAACUGCAUCCGGCACUCGUCCAGCUUCAGCGUCUCAGGCUGUUCAUCACCGUGGAAAUCAUCCGGGUCCUCCAGGAUUCGGGACAAUGAGUUCUCAUAUCAAUCCAUCACAGCCGAUUACUUCACAUCUGGAUCACAAUGUUCAUAGCGCACAUCACCAAACGAGGGCUUCACCAUCACUGUCACCCAGUCCUGGAAGCAGUAUUUAUCAAAAUCGCCGUUCACAACUGGCCCCUCCUUCAACUCAUCCCAACAAAAGACCUCGCAUUUCCAUAGGAUCCCAACUACCACACGCCAUUUCAUCCCUACCUUCUGCUCAUGUAACAAACACCAUUGCGCCAGCUGGGAUGGAAGCUUUGCUGGGUAGUGUUGUCGCUAGUAAGGCAAUGGCAAGUCUUGCAGCUGGUUCUAACUUUCUAAAUCCGAGUGCUUAUUCUGCAGUCACUGAAGUUGCUGCUGCAGCAGCAGCAGCUCUCACACCUUUUUAUACAUCGAUUAAUAAUAGUAGCGUAUCAAACCCAUCGUCGGUCACCACUCCAAACCAAGCUGUUUAUCAACCACAUAUUCAACAUCACGGCUCAGUUGGUAAUAAUUCAACUUCUAGUACUCAUUUAUAUAAUCAACAUGUCUUACCAUCUUCCAGUUCAGCAUAUCCAGUUUCUCUGAUGGGUACCUUACCUGGUUCCCUUCUAAACUCUUACAAUAAUAGAUCAUCGUUUCCUCAUGCAACUGUGUCUAACCAGGCAAUAACUUCUGGGCAAACUCUAGUUAGCGCAUCUGUCUUAGGAUCACAGUCUGCAAUUAGUCAGCCCCCUUCGUCACAUAUGCCAGCAAAAGCAUCACAUCCAACAUCGGUCUCUCAAAUCCCAUCUCGCCUAAUUUCUGGCCAUCUUCACCACCCACAUGCUCCUACACAUCCUAGUCAAAGCAAUUUCCACCAAUCAAAUCAUCCUUUACCACAACCAGGAUCUCAACAUAUGAUGGGCCAUUCUAACCUCCCUCAAGGGAGUGGCGUACUUCGACAACAAACUAAAGAACCGGCCUACCAUCCACAGGUUGAAGCCAUAUCCCCUGCUCCUGAUGAAUCUCGUCUAGUAGAUGCUCAAGAUGCGAAACUUCACCGUGAAAGGGAAGAAAUUAAUCGUCAGCUGACGGUACUGGAUGCUGAUAUCAAUAAACAAGAAUCUCACCUAAGAAAUCUUUGUGAGCGGGAAGCUCGUCUAACCGCCCGACUUGCGGCAGCUCCUACACGCGACACAUCAAAUAAUAAUUCAAACAGUAACGAUCUUGAGGUUAAAUCGAAUAAAGGGGAUCUUGCUCUUCCGGAUGCAUCGUUCGUCAGUAAAACCGGUUUCGAACGAAAUUAUGAAAACCCAAUACAGGCAAUUAUCUCUGAAAACCGCCAACGCACUCGACAGCGUCAUCUUAUUUUCACGAGACUUUGUGGUCCGAAAGUUAGACCUGGACCACAUGCUCUACCAUUUUAUCGCCAACCGUCCGAUUUAUCAAGUGUGAGGGCUAUACAGUCCAACUUUCACAAUCAUUUCCGUCCAAAACUGGUUAUUUAUCUUCAAAGACGUCUCCGUGCUGAACAGAGUCGUAUCAAUUUUUUGGCUCAGCAAUACGGACGAAAUUCUAGAAUAUUUACUAAAAAGAUGGACAAAUUGCUCAGUACAACCAAACGUCGUCAACGUGAUCUUCGUCAUCGAGAUAUUUUUGAGAAAGCGAUGCCGGAAGUGAAGAAAAAUCGCGAAGACAGGGAGAUGGGGAACAAUGAAUAUGCCAAGUCGGGAAUCGAGGACGAUGCUGGUGGGGUUUCUAACCUAACUGAUGGUUCUCAGACUACUCCUUACGAUGCGAUAGAAGAAAUGAAUAAAUUAAAGGAGUAUGCGAUUGAUCCCCCAGUUAUGCUUGCACCUUGGCAGCGUCGAUAUCAAUUCAUAUGUGAAUCAGGUUUGAUCACAGAUUGUCGUGCUCAGCUUCAAGAAAGCCAAGAUCUAUCUAAGUGGUCAGAAGAAGAAAAACAAGUGUUUAAAGAACGCUAUUUAGCCACUCCUAAAAAUUUUACUUCGAUAGCUUCAUACUUAGAACGUAAAUCUGUUGCAGACUGUAUCCACUAUUACUAUUUAUCCAAAAAGAAAGAAGGUUAUAAACAGUUGUUGAAGAAGCAUAAUGCUCGUCGACGCCGAGCAGCUCAAACAGAACGUGGAGGAGGUGGUGGUGCUGGUGGAACUGCUAGUAAUUCAAAUGCUGGUGGGAGUGGCGGCAGCCAUGGUAAUAGCAGCAAUAAUUCAAACAUGAACUCGAUCCCUCCAUCUAGUAAUUGUCAAAAUGGGCACACAAGUACAAAUUCCCCUCGUGGAGAACGUAAUGAAUCAGAUGAAAAAGAUCCAGGAGGAUUGAGAAAUUCCUCACAAUGUGAUUCUUCUGGGUUUCUUGAAUCUAAUGAAACAGCUGAGCAUAAGGAUGUUGAUGGUUACAGGAAUACGAGGAAGGAAACGCAUCACGGUGGAAGUGGUGGGAAUACGGGUGGAAGAAAUAGAACCGGCCGUGGUCGUCCACCACAACAUACAAGUCAUUCUAAUAUCGAUAACAACAAUAUUGGAUCUCACGGACGUAAUCGUGGUGGUAAUAACUGUUCUCGAAACAGCGUCGAACCCCACAGUGUUCAUGUUCCUGCAGAUGUCAAGGUACCUGAACAUGAUAAUUUAGUUCCUACUAUCGAGAAGGAGUCACGGUUUGGAGAUAAUGUAAAGAGUGAACCCGCAGUCCAUGUGACUGUUUCUUCUGAUACUAAUUCUCAGUCCACAGAAUCUGUGAUUGAUUCCAGUAAGCUGGCUCAGUCCCGAACACAUUCAGCGGUUUCCAGUUCUUCAACACGCAUCAAGGAUUUGAUUCACUUUGCUAUUGAAAAGAACCUUACUAAGCCUUCUUCAAGUGAAAAUCAAAUGAGCACAACUGAUACGUUAUCUGCCCGUAACUCUUCACUAGGUCCCUGUUCAUCUCAAUAUACCGUAACUAGUAAUGUAGUUACAAGUUUUAAACAUAAUAAGAACCACCCAACUUCAUCAGUUUCAGCUGUGAUUCCGAGUUGUCCAGUUUCUAGUCAUAUGGUUACAGAUAACUCGGAUACAUCUAUUAUUUUCCCAUCCACAACGGCAGCUGAAAUUUACGCAGCCGCUGCACGCUUUGCAGCCGUUAGUGCUAGUGUUUGCGGAAUGAAUACUGAUACGUCAGCAUUGUCGGUUUCGGCCACAGUUGAUUCUUCCGCAAGUCAUAAACUGGAUGUCAAUAAAUCAUCUCUGUCUGUCACUUCCUUUUCAAACAACCCACAUUCAAAAUCGGAAAUGUCUGAUUUUCCUAGCGCUGAUGCAACAAAGAAGUGGAUGACGUCAUCUGUUCCUUCAUGUGGUUCUUUAGUUCUUACUCAUCAAACUUACGAUAGUCGUCCAAAGGAUCCAUCUGCUUCGAGUAAAGCAAUUCUUAUAGGAGAUUUUUUAACUGCACAACAACUUGGUCGUCCCGAUUCAUCUAAUUGGGUUAACAGUCACACAAAUUCGCGCCAAGCUGAUUACACUGGAUCCUAUCAACUUUCUAGAUCUAUUGAUCCAUCUACCCUACCUGUCUGUGUUAGUCAUAUUUCUGCAUCUUAUGGAAAUCUUGAUGGUCAUCCCGGAUCCGAUUUUCGGACGUCAUCAGGUGUUUCUGAAAAAUGCUUGGGAAGUGAUAUCCUAGCGGAACAUGCUAUCAGAUUAGCGAUGCAUGCCAAAGCUGCAGCUGCAGCAGCAGCUGCUUCAUCGGUUAGUCAGUUUGAUGGUCGUAGUUCAUCUCUGUCAGAAAGCAAUUUCGGUGGUCCAGAACGCUGUAUAUAUUCACCUCUGUCUCCAAGUCCUGUUAAAACUGACAAUCUGUUACCCACUGCCAACCAUUCUACUCCUCCUUGUCAACCUAAUAUGCUUUUGGGAAUGCCAGUUUCUAGAAGUGAUCUUAGUUGCCAAUCUGAAUCUUCGUUUACUCGCCAGCCAGAUAACUGUCUUAAUUCUAUGUUUUUCAAACUGGAAAACGAUCCUAACCUAUCCAUAAAUUCAAGUCAAAUGGCGUCAUUUAUCGCAAACGCUAAUAAAUUAUAUCUAGACGAACUUGGGUCAUAUACUUCACGUGACCGAUCUGAUUCUAUCCGGACGCUAACUAGUAAUGAUGAAUCUUCCCAGUUUUUUGGUGUUCUACAACACUUGCGACAACAAAAGGAAGAAAGUAGUUUUCACCUACCGAGUACUCGUGAUGUAUCUGUUACUAAUAUCAACGUCCCAAAUCUUAAUUUUAGAGAUCAACAGUCAGAAUAUUUGAGUAUGUGUCCACCACGUCCGCAUUCAUCUGAAGGUACUGGGAAUCAUACAGUUGGAUCAUGCCCAAAAAAUGAAUUAUCAAGAGGAACUCUAUCAAGGUGUACAGCAUCUAAGGUCGAAAACGAUCGCAUACAAAUAUCUUGUAAUCCAACUGAAUCGGGUUCUGUCAUAGCUGUUAAUAAUUUAGACUCGCAUGCUUCUGAUACAGGCAAGCUUUCGUCUAUAAACUUGGGUCUGAAUACACUAGAAAGCCAUAUUAAUAAGGCUAUUACAGAAGAAAUACGGGCACAAACUAUUUCAAGAAACUCACUUGUUCCUUCCAAUGUAUGUUCUCCUCAUCUAUCCAGGACACCAUCACCUGUUACAAAACACCAUUCUACACGAAAUUCAGAUUUGCAGUUUCAUCUAAAUGUUCCACCGAAGAAGCAAGAUCGUUCUAUUUUGCGCUCUCCUGGUUUGGUUAACUGUUCAGUGAUAUCAGGUUCUAGGGAUUCUUUUAAUAGUUCUACAUCUAAAAUCCCUGUACCUGAACUGCUUAUGGCAAAACAUGCUUCUACUAACAAUCAAGAUUUUUUAAAUAAGCCUAGUCAAAAAGAGUAUGAUCAGAAACGAAAAUCACCCGAACGGGUAAAAAAUACUUCACUUUCUGUUACUAUUGACUCUACAACAGACCAUUUUGGUUCACCAGAUAGCGAUAUGGAAUCUCCAGGAUUAUUACAGAUAGACUUGGCUGCCUGUGAUUUUUCACCAAAGGUUGUGCCAGUUACAAUGAACUCACAUCUCAAGGAUGUUCCUCACUUUCUGUCAUGCAAUACCAGUUCCAGUUGUGUCCAACCUGUUAAAGAAUGCGAAUGUGAAAAUUCUUCAGAUCGGUGGUUACAUUCCUGUGAGAAUGAAAACAGUACAGAUUGUACUCGUAGUACAAAAUUACUAGAAACCUGUAAUAACGACUCAUCGGAUUCCGCCUUAUUAAACUCACUGUAAAUGUCUAUUUUGUAUUUAUGAAUACAGAAAAAUAUUUAUUGAAGUAUUGCUAUGGUCAUAAAUGUACUGUAAGAAAUGUUAAAAUUUUAGUCUUUUUAGCCAAUUUAGUUCGAAAUCUGCUUGUUUUAAACCGAAAUAUACUUAAAAUAAAAUUACUAAACUUUGAAUUUCAGUAUCAUUUUUGAUGUGUCCUAUCGAUUCAUUGGAUAUAGUUUAUUUUUGUUCUUUGCACUUGUGUUUUGUUUUUUUGUAGUUCAUAUUUUUUUGUGCUUUUUGAAUACAUGAAUGCUUUUGACUUCAGACAGUGCAAAAAAUGUUAUUUUAAUGACACAUGUCUCUGAUGUGUGUGUACAUGUGUUGUCCCAUAGACAACUUCGUAUCAUUUUUUUUUCACCCCUCCUCUUUUCUCUGUAUGUGUUGUCCUGAACUUAAUCUCUGCCUACUUUUGAAACAUACCGGUUUAUAGUUCUGUUUGUAUAGAUCAACUAACUUGUCGCAUACAAUACAAAAUGGUGCAUCAAUGUAUUUUGAAUAUUGUGUACACAAAUAAACUCACAGCCAAACAGCUAUUUUACUAGUUUCAUAUUGUUAAUUGCUAAUCAGGUUUUUAAUGAUAAUUAACAUUACUGUUUUAAAUAAUUGUAUAAAAUAGAAUUAUUCUAAUGUUUACGCAUACUAGUCGUUUUUCCUCUUACUUACGUAACUUUAUGAUAGUUUGACUUUUGGGUAAUCUCAAGUUCAUCUUUAAUUUCCAAAAUUUUAAUCAGGUUUCGUCCACUCGUUUUAUUGUUAUCUUGUAUAGAUUUUCGUCAAAAUGAUAAUUGUUGCUAUAAGUAGCAUUAGAGUGGUAUGUUCCCCCCACAUUGUCGUUAUAUUUAUAUUUUGGAACUUUUUUUUCUACGUGACAAUAAAAUUAAAUUUUUAUUAAACAUAGUAAGGCUCUGAAUUUAGACU